CAAUGAUAAGAAGCGUAGGUACUUCUGCGAAUUGUUCAUGAUUGGAUAGAUACGUAAAAUAAUAGCACGGACAGUUUUCAGUGAGAUCCCGCGUAUUGCACUGUAAAGUCGCCAAAAUUUAUGAAAAUCGGCGUGUGAAUUUGUUGCCAGUGGUUACGAGAACGAAUUAAAUAAAGUGAUGUAGAAAGUGUUAUGCCAAACGAUUGCUAUUAAACAUACUAUUGCGUAUCUAUUGUGCCUGUACUUAAUAAAACAAAGUGCAACCACUUUUAGGCUAGAUACUUGUAUUAGAACUGAACUAGGGGAAAACCAGAACAUCAAGUUUCCUUUUAAAUCAAGUUUAUUAGAUUAUUAAAACGAAUGCUAUAGUGAUAAAUUACAGGAUAGAGAUUCCCUAUCUAUCCAAUAUUAACGUCCGCUGAGCACUUCACAGAUUAAAUGAUGAAGGUGAGAAAGCAAUCUCAAGAGGCGAACGCCUGGAUCAAGUUCCGUCUGCUGAUGUGGAAGAACUUCCUCCAGCAAUGGCGGCACAAAGGACAGACUGUGGUGGAACUGCUGUUGCCUGUCGUUACUAUGGCGCUCGUGCUCAUUCUGCGACAGCAAAUAGAGCCUAUUAGAAGAGACACUAUAAGAUACCCACCUAUUCCCGCCCAUACUCUCAAUUUUUCACGUACUGUAUUUCCAGGUCUUAAUAGAAGUCAGCUCUCGUUCGCGUAUUCACCGAAAAGCGACUUAUUGAAAGGUGUUGUGAGCAGUGCAGUUGUAAAUUUGUUCGCUCACAACAUACGAGAUAUCAUUGACAUGCUAAAAGAUGAAGAGGACUUUCCUGAUAUACCGGAAAUACCGGAUGAUCUGCCUAUAGAAAUUAAUUCUACGGAUAUAUAUGAAUAUGCUAAGGGCUUAGUAAGGAUUCAGGAGUAUAAUCAUAGUUCAGAUCUCAUACGUAUUUAUAGUGACGAAGAAUCGAUUCGUGAAGUGGUAGCUGCUGUGCAAUUUGAUGAUGGAUUAUUAGGCGCAACAGAAUUACCUCUGAACAUGACAUACGCAUUGCGUUUUCCUGAAAGACCACGACAGAAUUCAUUUUUCGGCAUAGGUGGACGUACCUGGCGAACGGAUCUAACAUUUCCUUUUUUCGAAUUACCCGGUCCGAGGUUUCCAUUUUCCUGGGAAGGAGGAAAUGAUCCAGGUUAUGUAAACGAAAUGUUUAUAGCACUGCAGCACGCUAUCUCAAUGGAGUUAGUGUCACGACUCACAGGUGUAAACUUACGAACAUUUCGAGUAAAUUUGCAACGAUACCCACAUCCGUCUUACGUGGAAGAUCUCGCCGUAGAGGCACUGAUGUUCAUAUUUCCCCUAUUUGUGAUGCUCAGCUUUAGCUACACAGCUGUUAACAUUGUUCGGAGUGUUACUUUAGAAAAGGAAUUACAGCUUAAGGAAACCAUGAAGAUAAUGGGACUUCCAACCUGGUUGCACUGGACGGCAUGGUUUUGCAAGCAAUUCAUAUACCUGUUUUUCACAGGUUCGCUUAUUACGCUUAUAUUAAAGAUAAACUGGUUUACAAACGAACAAGGUUUCAGUGAAUAUGCUGUAUUUACUAAUACUCCAUGGACAGUUAUGUUGUUCUACAUUACAUUAUAUUUAACUUGCACCAUUUUCUUUUGCUUCAUGAUUAGCGGGUUGUUUUCAAAAGGUAGCACGGCAGCGUUAUUUGCAGGCGUCAUUUGGUUCUUGACAUAUGUUCCAGCUGUGCUGUUAGGGAUGGACGUGGAAGUACCGCUUGCAGUGCAAGCUAUAACGUGUUUUUCUAUUAAUUCAGCUAUGUCUUAUGGAUUUCAAUUGAUGCUUGGAAAAGAAAGUACCGAUGGUAUGCAAUGGAGAGAGUUUUUCGCAACACAUUCCCUUGAGUCUAAUCGACUACUGUUCGGGCAUGUUUGUAUAUUCCUUAUAGUGGACUGUAUAUUGUACAUGUUAAUCGCAUUGUACUUAGAACAAGUGCUCCCGGGACCAUGCGGUGCUCCUAAGCCGUGGUACUUUCCAUUUCAGAAGUCGUUUUGGUGUCCCUCUUCAAAGAUUGAAUACGAUGAAAGAUUUAAUGACCCGGAUUUUGAUGGGACAAUUAAAGAAGCAGAUCCGAUUCAUCUUCCUGUUGGAGUCAAAAUGUCGAAUUUAACCAAAGUUUAUAAAAACAAUAUUGCUGUUAAUAAUUUAAACUUGAACAUAUACGAAAAUCAAAUCACCGUUCUCUUAGGGCAUAAUGGCGCAGGAAAAUCUACUACAAUUUCAAUGGUAACAGGUAAUGUGGAAGUGACUCGAGGCAGCGUAUGGCUAGCCGGCUACAAUGUGUCGACGCAGACCAGCUUCGCCCGCGCUCAUCUCGGCCUGUGCCCACAACAUAACGUACUUUUUAAUGAGCUCACCGUGCGCGAACAUUUGGAAUUCUUUGCCAGACUCAAAGGCUUCACCGGAACGGAACUCGAAGAAGACAUCGAUUCACUCAUCGAUCGCCUUGAGAUGGAGGAGAAAAGGCAUUACCUAGCUGAAGGACUGUCAGGAGGUCAGAAGCGACGGUUAUGUGUGGGUAUCGCUUUAUGUGGCGGUGCCCGCGUGGUGUUGCUUGACGAACCUACUUCAGGCAUGGACCCUGCAUCUCGUCGGGCGCUUUGGGAACUAUUAAACAGGGAAAAGAAAGGUCGAUCGAUGAUCCUAACGACCCACUUUAUGGACGAGGCAGACUUUCUCGGUGAUAGAGUUGCAAUCAUGUCGAGUGGCCGUUUGCAAUGUGUCGGUUCUCCAUAUUUCUUGAAGCAUCACUAUGGAGUUGGUUACACUUUGGUUGUCAUAAAAACUGAAAAAUUUCAAAUCGAUUACUGCACUUCGCUUAUCGGGGAAUACAUACCAGGGACGAUGGUUAAAGAAGACCGAGGCAUGGAAGUGACGUAUAAGUUGCCCAACCAUUAUUCACACGUGUUUGAAGAUAUGCUCAAUGAUCUUGAGAGGAAUAUAGAUACUAUACAAUUCAAGGACUAUGGAUUACUUGCUACGACCCUAGAAGAUGUAUUUAUGUCCGUUGGAUCAGACGUAGACAUACAUUCAGAAUCAGAUGAUAAUAUGACAAUGAACACUGAUUUGUCUGAUGACAAGGAUGUCAGCUGUUCUGAUGAAGUAUCCUUGGAAACCCUCGAUAACAGUUACGAAAACGAAACAGGAAUUCGCUUAUUCUGGUUACGUGUAAGCGGAGUGUGGCUAAAAUUGUUCUUAGUUUGGACCCGUUCCUGGGGUCUACUGUUAUUGCAAGUUUUGGUGCCAAUUCUCCAGAUAAACACUAACUUGGGCAUUCUUCAAUAUCUAUUGGGAAAAAGUGCAACUGUUAUAUCUAGAGCAUUGACUCUUGCGCAAGGAUAUAUAACCACAAAUACAUUCUUAAGUUAUAACGGCACCAACCUGACUUCAUGGGGUAAUUUGGGCAGACGAGGGUACGAAGAAUUUUACAACGCGUCAAAUGUAAACUCUAUGUUGUUAACAAUUGUUGACGGUCAACCCCUCGAUGAUUACUAUUUACAUAGAACGGAAGACCCCGUGAUAAUGGGCGCAUACCGCAACAGAUUCCUCAUUGGUGCGACGUUUGACGACAACACUGCGACCUCUUGGUUCAGCAACUUCGGCUACCACGACGUGGCCACUUCCCUGGCCACGGUACACUCCGCUCUGCUCAAAGGGUUCAACCCUGCGGCCAGUCUCGACGUAUUCAAUCAUCCGCUGCAAGCUAACUAUAGAGAUGACACCAACAUUCAGCUGAUGGUGUCCCUAUUGUCAGUGCAAGUUGCGAACAGCAUUGGCAACAGUCUCGCCAUCGUCAGUGCAGUGUACAUUAUGUUUUAUAUCAAGGAGCGCGUAACGCGAGCUAAGCUACUGCAGCGAGCGGCCGGCAUGCAGCCCUACAUCAUGUGGGGAGCCGGCGCGCUGUUCGACUGGUUGUGGUUCAUGGUGCUGUGUGUUAGCAUCAUCAUCUCCUGCGCAGCCUUCCAGGUUACUGGCAUGAGCUCGGUGGAGGAACUGGGUCGGCUGUAUCUCUGUCUGAUGAUAUACGGAGCGGCGAUGCUGCCUCUACAUUACUUGUUCUCGCUGCUGUUCAACGGACCGGCGCUUGGUUUUGUUAUCAUGUUCUUCAUUAACACUCUUUUCGGUUUGAUCGGUGCACAAAUCGUAGAAGCGUUGUCGUCGCUAGGAGCUUCUGCGCGAGAGGCGGCGACCAUCUUGGAUUACAUACUGCAGUUCUUCCCGCUUUACAGUCUGGUAACUUCGACUAGGCAGCUGAAUCAAAUCGGGUUGAUAAGAUUUUCUUGUCUCGAGUAUUGCGAGUACCUGACGUCAGUGCUGCCUAACUUGGAAGAGUGUAACAUGGAAUUCCUUUGCAAUAACAUAACCCGACAAUGCUGCAUUCCUGAGAAUCCGUACUUCGACUGGGAGGAUCCAGGCAUAAUGCGCUACAUUGUGUGCACACUCACCAUUUGUGUAGCACUGUGGUCGCUGCUUAUGAUAUUGGAAUACAACUGGAUUCAGAGGCUGUUCAUUCGCAAGAAGAUAGCGCCUCCUCUAGACGAGUCGACCCUAGAUCCUGACGUCGCAGAGGAAAUGCAGCACGCCGAACGUCUGGAUACAAACACUCCUGGCAUUAAACUCGUGGCACGCGGCCUCACAAAAUACUACGGCAAUAAAUUGGCUGUAGAUCAGAUUUCUUUUUCUGUAGGUGAAGCGGAGUGCUUCGGCUUGUUGGGCGUCAAUGGAGCUGGUAAAACGACCACAUUUAAAAUGCUGAUGGGCGACGAGUCCAUCUCUAGUGGAGACGCUUUCGUUAGUGGCUAUUCCGUUGGAUCUGAUAUCACCAAAGUUCACGAGAAUAUUGGGUACUGUCCACAAUUCGAUGCGAUAUUUAGCGAGUUGACUGGACGGGAAACGCUGCAUUUGUUCUCUAGAUUCCGAGGCCUAAGAAAUGCCAACUCUUUGAUUAGAGCUGAAACACUCGCCAAUGCGCUCGGAUUUACAAAACAUCUGAAUAAAAGGGUGGAUCAAUAUUCUGGCGGUAACAAGCGCAAGCUGAGCACAGCCAUCGCCAUGCUGGGCCGCACGCAGCUGGUGUUCGUGGACGAGCCGACGACGGGCGUGGACCCGGCGGCCAAGCGGCAGGUGUGGCGCGCGGUGCGGGCGGCGCGGCGGGCGGGGCGCGCCUUCGUGCUGACGUCACACAGCAUGGAGGAGUGCGAGGCGCUGUGCGACCGGCUCACCAUCAUGGUCAACGGCCGCUUCCAGUGCCUCGGCUCCCCGCAGCAUCUCAAGAACAAGUUCUCUCAAGGAUUCACACUAACAAUUAAAAUAAAACUGAAAGAGGGAGACAACUUGGUGAACGACGCUAGAACAGAAACUGUAAAACGUUACGUGCAGUCCAAUUACACAGAUCCAAAGUUAAUGGAGGAGUAUCAAGGAUUAAUAACAUUCUACCUGCCGGACCGCAGUGUGGCUUGGUCCAGGAUGUUCGGCAUCAUGGAGAGAGCUAAGCGAGAUUUGGACGUGGAAGACUACAGCAUCCUGCAGACGUCGUUAGAGCAAAUUUUCUUACAAUUCACGAAAUAUCAACGCGAAGGGUUAUAAUACAUAGCCACAAUAUAGCCAUAAUAAGUCACUCUUGGCAAUUUUAUUGAUAGUCUCUAUCAGCAAAAUUGCUAAGAGAUUUGAAAUAAAAUAUGCAUAGUUAUAUCUACAAGUAAGUAGGUACCUACUCUCUACCUGCUAAAAGAGAUUUGAUUUUUUAUGACAAAAAGACUUCUUAAGAAAUUAUAUUAUUUUCCUACAUUUUGAUCAAAAUUGUGUGGUUAUUAUUUAUUAUUCAUAUAAAAUCACAUGGGACUCACUGCACUGAAGUACGUCCACAAAUUCCAUUAUCCAUGAACGUUUUCACGUUCGUUGUUGUUAGAACAAUUAUAAAAAAUCUCAGUAAAAAAAUUAUGAAAAAAAAAUUGUGAAGAAACUUUUUAAAAUGCCUAUACUUUAAUAUCUAAAACUAAAAACUGUAAAAAAAUUAUAUUAACAAAAUUAUUAGAUAAGGUACCUAAUUUAUAUCCAGGAUUUAAAUAAAGUGCCUAUCUAUAAUAACCACAAAUAAUAUAAAAAUACACUCUUUAUUUUAUUGAAGGUAGAUUUGAUACUAACAUAGUGUUUAUUGGGCCAAAAUAAUCUAUGGCAAAUAAAGAUGAAAUUGUUAUCAGUUAUUAUCACUAUGUCAAGGUUUCGUGGUAUUCUGUUAUUUCCGUUAAGGUCGCCCGUUUAGCUUAGUUUGCAAUCUUUAGCAUUUGUUGUUUAAAUACUAUGUAGAUAGUUGUGUAAAUAUUUAUUUUAACUUCUGUGCCUUAAACAGGACGACAUGAUAACAUGCGACCACGUGAAAAGAUUUUUUUUAAUCUUUCACAAUUUAGCCCUUGACAAUCUCAUCUUGGUAUGUGAUGAUGCAAUCUAAGAUGGAAGCGGGCUAACUUGUUAGGAGGAUAAAAACCCACACCCAUUUCGGUUUCUACACGACAUCAUACCGGAACGCUAAAUCGCUUAGCAGUUUUGCCGGUAGGGUGAACUAGUCACGACUGAAGCCUCCUACCAGCUGGACAUGGAUCAAUUAAGAAAACCUCAAUCGGCCUAGCCGGGGAUCGACCCCAGGAACUCCGUCUUGUAAAUCCAUCGAGCAUACCCACGAAGAUUUGUCCUUAGCCCAACUCUUUCGUACCAACGCAAUGAAAGAGAUUCUCUUCACGAGAUUAUCUCGUCGGUCGCAUGCUAGCGCCUAUGAUAACUUAUGAGUUUUAUUCUAUUAAUAAUAAUUUUGUAUAAAACAUGACAAUUUUUUAAUAAAUAGAUAUUAUGAAUAAUAUGUAUGCUAUGACUUUUUAAUGGUUGAGGAAAAAGAGAGAGCUAUAUUUCCUGUUCUGCAGCAAUUGGUCAUUUUGUCUUCAAUUGUUAAAUAAAAGAGCUUCGUUACUAUAU